CAUGAAGUGAUUGUUAUAACUACGAAUUGUGAAGAGAAAACAUUCAAAUCGAGGGUCUGUGUGAGUUUGGCGAGCCCCCAUCGGUACAAUGGAGGCUGUGCGCUUGGAAAUCGAGCUGAGUUUGCUGCAGAUUAGGAAAUCUCGCACCGUGGAUAGUCUUAGAGCAAUGCUUGAGAAAAUUCUGAGCUUGGAGCACCAGGAAAACACAAGAAUUCUGUCUGUGGAUUUUUCUCCUAGUCUCAAGGAAAAAGUGGAGGCUCUGCACAGCGCUUGCUUAAAAUGCAGCGGCAUGCAGAAAGAACUUCUCGAAGAAGAAAAGUUCCUGAGUGAGUUCCAAAUAUCGCAGUUGCAGGGAGAAAAGGAUCACUGCUUCGAGGGCAAGAAUGCAACAAAAGCUAGAUUGGUCUCCUUGAAGAAUCAGUUGCAAAUCGCAAGCCACUUCGACAAAUCGUUGGAAAACAUGUGGAAAAACGCGGUGAGGAGCCUGUCAUCCGUCAAAUGUGGAAUCAAAAAUUUGAACGCGUCUGCUUGCGCUAGCGAGAAUCUCACACGAAGCUACCUAAAUCAAAGACUGAAGGAGAAGGCAGCUGACUUGGCCAGGCUGCAAAAAAACCGCAGUCACCUCGAGAAGCAGAAGCGUCUCCUGCCCAUAGACACAAGCUUAUUCAAAGUUGAAACUGAAAUAAAGGGUCUGACGCACCGAGCUCUGGAGGAAAUCGCUGAAGACUCCAUAGAAAAGCAACAAUUGAAACUGCAGUGUAGGAACUUGGCGGAAAGGAAACAAGCAAAAUUAGAACGCUUGGAGAGGGCCAAAGACGAGUUACAAAAAUUAAAGCACAACAAGGGAACAACACCGAGCGAGGAAGCUUUGGAAAAGUUUGACAAGGAAAUAUUCGCGCUGGAAGCUCGCAACUUGUCCCUUCAGCAGCAGGUGGACAAGAACGGCGGUUACAUCCAAAAGAUGAAGGAUGAAAUAGUCCAGUUGGAGUCUCAAAUCUCUUCAGAGAACGAGGCGAUGCAGAAGGCCGAAUCAGCCAGAGAAUCAGAAUUGCAAUUCUUGCUUGAUGAAAUUGCUGCUGCUGAAAAUAAACAAAUCUUGCUGAAGGAUCAAAACGCAGCUCUCAAGGCGAAAAUUGAGGAAAUAAGUUUGAAUGAAAACAAGACAGAUGUGACGAAAUUAGCUGAUAAGAAAGCAAAGCUGAAUGAUGAGUUGAAGGAAAUGCAGGCGCGUGUGGAGAAGAAAGAUGGCUCAAACCAAACCAGAGCCGCGAACAUCAAGGAGCUGCAGCAAAAGAUCGCCGCGCUGGAGAGGGAAAUUGAUGAGAGCACUGCACUGCGCGAAAAAGUGAUGACAAAAUACCGCUCUGAAAUGGAAAACCUGCAGGCAGAGAUUGCCGCCUUGGAGAGUGACUUAAAGUCUCUUUCAGAAGUUUCCAUCACAACGGAAAACAGUUUGGAAGAGUCCAAAAAGAACCUAACAGAGCUGGAAGCCGUUCUGGCUGGGAAGAAAAAGACGCAGGCCAAGCUGCAGCAGCAGCUGGAAGCAGUUAAGAAGGAGAACGAGCUAGCCGUGGACACUCUAAAUCUUUUCGAGGAAAGCAAGCAAGCCGAGGAGCAGGCGAAGAAAGAGCAGGCUGCGAGGGAUGCCAAGGUUCUGCUGCCCUGGCUGUGGGGCCGCUCUGGUGCGGAGGAUGUCAAUUCUCCGGAAAAACAUUAG